CCGAUAAGGACUUGUGUCCAGAGCUCUUUGCUUUUCUUCUGUUGUAGUAAAUGCUUUCUCCGCAGACACUGUGGCCUUAAAAACAUUUUGCAGAAACUGUUCGACCUUUAAUUCCCUCUCUCCCUUCAAAAAUUCUCACACACAAAACUGUUCUACCUUUAACCCACUUCGCUAAAUGUGAUCUUGUUCUCCCUCUCUGUUUUCAAUUUCCUCACACAUUCCUCCCCCGGGUUGUUUCUUCUAAAGAUUGGGUCUUUGUGACCUGUUCGACCUUUAACCGAAAUUCACCAUUGUUGUCUUUUGCAUUUUCACAGUUAACCUGGGGUUGAGCUCUUUAAUGGCAUUGACUUGACCCUUUUUCAAUUUUUGUUUUUCUUUUUUCUUUUCUUUUUGGGUGGGUGUUGGGUUUGAAGGCUUUGAGCUUGGUUUGCAAGGGUUUUGUUUGUUUGGGUUUGCCUUAGAGGAUGCGUGGUGUUUAAGGUUUUACCAAUGGGUUGGUGGGAGUGGACCUGUUUCAGUCUUCUUUGUUCUAUAACUUCAACAUGAAGCCUUCUUGUUGUGCCCUGUAGUUUGCUAGUGCUUUGAACAGGGUGUUUCACUUUUCUUGUUUUGCAAUAUCUAGAUUUAAGGAGCUUCAUCUCUUAGUUUGGUUGUUUUUGGGGACAAUGUAUCUGCUUGGAACUUUCUCGUUUUGAAUUGAAGCAGAUUUGGGAAUCACUUCGAGUUUUGAAUGCUUGAAAGUGUUUCCUAUUGCUUUUCCUUGUUUAUUCUAAAAUAUUGAAGUACCCUGUAAGAGAUUAGAAAAGAAAAAAGAAAAAGUACCCUAUAGGAAACCCUGUUCACUGGUUACAAAUUGUGCUUCAUAGAUUUUUACAUUAUUCCAAAAACAAGUUCUUGUGGGGAAUUUGUCUUUGUAUUUUUAGCAUUAGAACAGAGAGGAGGUUAAAAAACUUGGAGUGAAUUGAAGCUUGGGUCAAGGUUGCUUGUGAAAGAUUUCUGAGUGUAAGUUAUUUGAAGUAAAUGCAUGGAUCGAAGGGACCCUAUGGCAUUAUCAGGGUCUACAUCUUAUUAUAUGCCCAGUGGAAUGGCUGGGUCUGGAACGCAGGCGGGGUUACAGGGAUCACCGGGCAUUCGUUCCUUGUCUAAUCCAAAUAUACAAUUUCAAUCCAACAUUGGUGGAAAUACUAUCGGAUCAACAUUACAAGUGGAGCCUUCUUCUUCAAUUUCACCUCACAGUGUCAAUGUGGGUGCACCAUCUGCGGUGCCACAGAAUGAGCCUGUGAAGAGGAAAAGGGGAAGGCCAAGGAAAUAUGGACCUGAUGGGACUGUGUCAUUGGCAUUGUCUCCCUCAUCGUCUACUCAUCCAGGAAAGAGUUCAAUAACGUCAUCCCAAAAGCGGGGUAGAGGACGGCCACCGGGGACUGGAAGGAAGCAACAAUUAGCUUCUCUCGGUGAAUGGCUGUCUGGUUCGGCUGGGAUGGGUUUUACUCCACAUAUCAUCACCAUUGCAAUUGGAGAAGACAUUGCAACAAAAAUAAUGUCAUUUUCGCAGCAGGGGCCAAGAGCUAUAUGCGUAUUGUCAGCCAAUGGUGCUGUCUCCACUGUGACUCUUCGUCAGCCUUCAAUGUCUGGUGGCACUGUCACAUAUGAGGGGCGAUUUGAGAUAUUGUGUUUGUCAGGCUCUUACUUGCUCACAGAUGGUGGUGGGUCUCGCAACCGAACUGGUGGUCUUAGUGUCUCCCUUGCCAGUCCUGAUGGUCGUGUCAUUGGCGGAGGAGUUGGGGGAAUGCUUAUUGCAGCGAGUCCUGUUCAGGUGAUUGUGGGUAGCUUCAUAUGGGGUGGUUCAAAGACAAAGAGCAAGAAAAAGGAAGCUUCAGAAGGUGCGAUAAACUCGGAACAUCAAACAGCUGCUGACAAUCCAGAUGCACUAACUGGUAUUCCACCGGCUCAAAAUCUCAGCCCAACCUCUUCAAUGGGUGUUUGGCCAGGAUCAAGGGGAGUGGAGAUGCGUAAUGUCCAUGCCGACAUUGAUUUGAUGCGCGGGUGACCAUGUUGAUAGAUAAUGAGCAAUGUAUAUAAAUUUCACUUUCAUUGCCACCUGAAUCUGAUUUUCUCGAUGUUCCAAUGACAGGAAGCCACUUGAUUUUGGCAUUCUAUAACUCUGACUUCAUUUACCCAUCAUAGACAAUGGGCUGUACUCAUAUUUUUGCAGCUUAAUGGAAAUUUAGUUUGAGAACGAGACA